AUGAUCUGGUUCCGUCCGUCGGUUUAUCUGGUGCCCAGAAUCCGUCUGUGCACCUCCAUUACUUCUAGAUCGAAGGUCACAAUGAGUAAAUUCGAUCAGAAGGUUCUGGACUAUCAACACCUAGAAAACAACCUCAAUGUCAUCAAAAAAAGGCUGAACCGUCCGUUAUCUGUCGCAGAAAAGAUUCUCUAUUCCCACCUUGAUGAUCCUCAUAAUGCCGAAAUAGAACGGGGGAAAAGUUUUCUGAUGUUACGCCCAGACAGAGUCGCAAUGCAAGACGCCACGGCUCAAAUGGCUAUUUUACAGUUUAUGAGCAGUGGUCUUCACAGUGUCGCUGUGCCCACGACGGUUCAUUGUGACCAUUUAAUCGAGGCUCGAGAUGGUGCUAAGUCGGACCUUAGCCGGGCAACUGAAACACACAAGGAAGUUUAUGAUUUCCUCUCUUCUUCAUCUGCCAAGUACGGUAUCGGUUUCUGGCACCCAGGUUCCGGAAUCAUUCAUCAGAUUGUCUUGGAAAACUACGCUUUUCCUGGCUGCCUUAUCAUAGGUACGGAUAGCCACACUCCGAACGGUGGAGGUCUAGGCGGGCUUUGCAUUGGUGUGGGUGGUGCUGACGCUGUUGACGUGAUGGCCAAUUUCGCGUGGGAACUGAAAACCCCAACUCUUAUCGGGGUGCACCUCACUGGGAAAUUGUGCGGCUGGACUGGCGCUAAAGACGUUAUUCUCAAGGUGGCCGAAAUACUUACUGUGAAAGGCGGCACUGGCAGUAUUGUGGAGUAUUUUGGCCCGGGAAUUGAGUCGAUCUCUUGCACUGGAAUGGCCACUAUCUGCAAUAUGGGAGCCGAAAUCGGGGCUACCACAUCCGUUUUUCCAUUCAAUCAGCGAAUGGUCGACUUCCUCCGGGCGACCAACCGCUCGGCCAUCGCUGAGUUGGCAUUGAAGUAUAAGAGUUCUUUAUUAACCCCGGAUCAAGAUUGUCAGUACGAUCGAGUCAUUGAGAUCAACUUAGAUACUUUGCAACCACAUGUGAACGGUCCAUUCACACCUGACUUAGCUCAUCCUAUUUGGGAGUUGGGAGCAACUGCCAAAAAGAACAACUGGCCCAUGUCUAUCAGCGUCUGCCUCAUCGGCUCUUGCACCAAUUCGUCCUAUGAAGAUAUGUCACGCUCUGCUAGUUUGUGCAGUCAAGCCGCCGCGCAGGGACUCAAAGUCCGGUCGCAAUUUGUCAUCACCCCGGGGAGCGAACAAAUUCGAGCUACAAUCGAACGCGAUAACCUUACUGAAGUGUUCCGUAGCGUCGGCGGCACUGUGUUGGCCAACGCCUGUGGCCCUUGCAUUGGUCAGUGGUCGCGUCAAGACGUCAAGAAAGGUGAAAAGAACACCAUCGUCUCUUCCUACAAUCGUAAUUUCACUGGUCGUAACGAUGCCAACCCAGCUACUCAUGCAUUUGUCACCUCACCCGAGUUAGUGACCGCGUUGGCCUUUGGUGGCGACCUGUCAUUCAACCCGCUGGACGACGAACUUACCACAGAGGAUGGGAGAAAGUUCAAGUUUGAACCACCAAUCGGUGAUGUUCUUCCGAAGAGAGGAUUUGAUCCGGGCUUGGAUACAUACCAGCCCCCACCAGCGGACGCCUCCAAUGUGACAGUGAAAGUGGAUCCGUCUAGUCAACGUCUACAGCUGCUUGCCCCAUUCCCUAAAUGGGAUGGUCGCGAUUUGGAGAAUAUGCCUGUUUUGAUCAAAAUCAAGGGCAAAUGCACGACCGAUCACAUAUCUGCCGCUGGUCCCUGGCUUAAGUACCGCGGCCAUUUGGAUAACAUUUCGAAUAAUUUGUUCAUCGGGGCAACGAAUGCGGAGAACGGGGAAAUGAACAAAGUAAUGCAUCGUCCUUCUGGAGUCUGGGACAGCGUGCCCGCCGUGGCUAGACGUUACAAAGCAGACGGCGUCUCCUGGUGUGUGGUUGGAGAUGAGAACUAUGGCGAAGGGAGUAGUCGCGAGCACGCAGCGUUGGAGCCCAGACAUUUGGGUGGCAAGGCCAUUAUUGUGAAAAGCUUCGCCCGCAUCCAUGAAACUAAUCUGAAAAAGCAAGGCAUGUUGCCACUCACUUUCGUUAACCCCAACGAUUAUGACCUUAUUCAGCCGUCUGACAAGAUUUCCCUCCUAGGUCUCGCCGAGUUGACCCCGGGGCAGGUGAGUUCUUUGGCCACUCCAUCUGCACUGUGCGUUAUUUUUGCUUACGAAUUUCAGUAG